ACUAUACAUUUCCUUAUGUUUGACCAAAUUGAGGGUAUUUUUAAUUAUUACAUUUCCUUAUGUUUGACCAAAUGGGUACUUCUGUCAAUUAGAAUAGUCAAAUUAGCGGUCAAACUUCACGGCUUUGGAGUUGAGUUUCCUUCCUUACUUAAAGCUGAAGCAAUAACCCAUAGAAAAACAAGUAUUGAUAUUCAGAUUUGUAAGUUUUUCUUAGCUGUAAUGAAGAGAGAAAGAGAAAAUGGAGAGAUUCAGGGUUUUGACAUUGCCAAAUGUCUAAUGCUGCUAUCUCAAGGCGUGGAAACCAAGCCAAAAGACCAUUCAGUGAGCGAGGUUUUCGAGUGCAAAACUUGUCACCGUCGCUUCUCAUCAUUCCAAGCAUUGGGAGGGCACCGAGCAAGCCAUAAGAGACCCAGGUUGAUGGGGGAGAAAGCAAAUGAACACACACAAUUCCUUAGUUUAUCAACCAAGUCUAAGACCCAUGAGUGCUCCAUUUGCGGCCAAGAGUUUUCCAUGGGUCAAGCUUUGGGUGGGCAUAUGAGGAGGCAUAGAGCUGCCAUGAACGAAGGCUUCUCGCCAUUUCCGGUUGUUUCAACGGUGCCGCUGUUGAAGAUAUCAGAUAGCAGUCGGAUGGUUGUGUGCUUGGACUUGAAUUUGACUCCAUUGGAGAAUGAUUUGCAAGUUUUAUUCGGGACCAAGGCUCCCAAGAUUGAUCUCUGCAUUUGAUAUAGUGACCCUUGUAAUUUCCAUUUCAUUAACAUCAUUUUUUCAUUUGUUUUAUGUAUACAACAUUUGAAAUAUUCAUUCUUUUUUCUUAUUAUUUUUCUCUUCUCUUUAUUGAUUUGUACACUUGAAUUUGGAUUCAUUAGGGGUUAAUUUGUUGUAAAAUAGAAAUUUGUAAUAAUAUUACAUUCAUUUUCUUUUUCA